UCGUCACAGUCAUACUAUUUCCAUGUGUUUUGAGCCAUCUCUACCAACGGCCAUCUGUCCGACAGCCCUCGAAGGCAGCGCGGGAGGGGCUGUGCGUGUGUUUUGACGCCAGAGUGGGCUGGAGCACAGGCGCACUGAACGCACAGAGAGCGGCGCCAUGCAGUACCCUCAGACCGAUAGCUAGCCAACAAAAAUGCCUCCCGAAGACCUCGAUAGAGCCCAGAAUGUUUGGCCCAGGGCACACGUUGUAAUAUUAUUUCAGUGGUACAAGAUGUGAAAAGGGACUGAGUGAGAUAAAAUGAAGAGGGUUUGAGUCUUACUUUCCCGUUUCGCUUGGUGUAGCGUGGCACAGGCAACGGAUCGUUUCCAAAGUUGUCGUUAGCCAGCGUGUGUGAAGGAUCCGAAAUAAAGGCGCCGUGCACCCGCUGUAGCCGCAAACAUGGAGAAACAGCAAAGCGACUUGGACCGAGACCGACAGUACUGUGAACUCUGUGGGAAAAUGGAGAAUCUCCUUAAGUGUGGUAGGUGCCGGAUCUCCUUCUACUGCAGCAAGGAGCACCAGAAGCAGCACUGGAAGAAACACAAGCUCAUUUGUAAGGAGGCGGACAAGGCGCAGCUUUCAAAACAGACGCCCGAGCAGGCUCCGCAGUCGGAGGACGACAAGGCACCGGAAGAAUAUCGAGAAAAGAAAAGCCCCGAGCAAGCGGACAGUGCACCUUUAGCACAAACCACAAACCCAGAACCACAUGGCGUUGGAAUAAAACCGGGAGAAGAUGGGUCCAACAGCACUGCCACACCCAACGGACAGACGAACUCAUCCCCGCAGAAACUUGCCACUGAGUACGUAGUCCCGUGCAUGAGCAAGCACGGCAUCUGUGUGGUGGACAACUUUUUAGGAGCAGAGACUGGACAGGGCAUCUUAGAUAAUGUCAGAGCCCUUCACAAAACGGGCAGGUUCACAGACGGACAGCUGGUCAGUCAAAAAAGCGACUCGACUAAAGACAUCCGAGGGGACAAAAUCACGUGGGUAGAGGGAAGAGAGGCCGGCUGCGAGAAGAUUUGCUUUCUAAUGAGUCGCAUGGACGACCUGAUCAGACAUUGUAACGGCAGACUGGGAAGCUACACAAUAAACGGAAGGACAAAGGCAAUGGUGGCGUGUUACCCUGGAAACGGGACGGGAUAUGUGCGUCAUGUGGAUAAUCCCAACGGCGAUGGACGAUAUCCUGCUAAUCCAACCACACCCAAUCAGGGAGAGGAGCGCCCCCACACUGCCACUCACACAUCUAUUGCACCUCCUGCAGGAGAGGUGAGUUUACAGGCAGACUGAAGAGAGAUUGAGGGGUUACUGCAGUAGUUUAUUAUUCAAUCAUGAGAAAAUAUUUUAUGGACCAAAUAAACAUUUGAAAUAAUACGGUGAUUUGAUGCAAACUGAGCAGUAUUUUUGCUGUGGUUUGCUGCAGGAAUAUUCCAGUAAAGGUCAAAUAUAUGAACUUUGAAUAAGCCUAUGAUCCUUUCUGUCACCACUCAUCCUGUCUGGCAGAGCCUACCUGGUCCAACUUGAAAAACUGAACACAGGUUUGCCCUCAGUUAGUCCAGAUUCAGUUACUUGUAUGUUUUCUUUUUUUUUUUUUAGCAAAGCUGUGUUUUAGAAGAGAAAUGUCAGUUAUUGAUUUUAAAUUACUUAAUUUGCAUACGUUAACAGGAUACAGUAUACUCUUAAUCAACAUUGUAGGCCUAUAUAUUUUAAAGGAUGGCAGAGAUAUAACAACUUUGUUUAGUUGACAAGAUUUGAAGUAUAUCCAGAUAUCUUUGUGCAAAAAAGCAUUAAAUCCAUUCACUAAAUUAGAUUGUCUAUUGCCUGACAAAUUUCACAGUUUAUGUUGCACUGAUUUGGGCUAUACAGUGGUAUAUCUGCAUGGAUUCAGUACCCUGGAUGAGUGCUCGUAAUGAGACUGACAUCAUGAAGCAGAUCAGGUACCAGCCAGUACAUGACUGUAAUCUGUGUGUGUGUGUGUGUGUGUUUUUUUUAUUGGUAUUAAAGACAAAACAUGGGAUUGGUGUAUUGCCAGUGUUUUUGUAACUAGAAACAGCCAAAGCUGGCUAGUAUAGCUGAAACAAUACUGUUUGCUGCUUUAUUGAGUUUGUUGUGCAUGUCUAUUGCAACAAAACAACUGUAUAUAAAAGGAGUGUGAUACAUGUGGUAAAGAAUGCAAUGCCAUCAUCCAACCUAACCUAUUAAUGUUGAUGAGAAGGAAUGAAUUCAGCACCUGAAUACCAGAACACAGUUGCUAGCCUGCUGCAGCUGUCAAAGCAAGUCAAUAUAAAUUUGAGAGCACAGUUGAACUAAUUAAUUUCCCUCAAAUUUGUCACUAGCCCAUGACACCCAACCCUAAUGCUCACAACAUGCCAAGAUAGACAAGAAUGCGGGCUAAUGGUAAAUGUUAUAGGAUAAGAGGUUAAGGAAUUAACCUGUUUAAUAUGAGACAGAUAACAGGAUGCUGAACACCAGGAAGUAACAGAAAGCAGCAACUGUAAGGCAGAAAGAUGACUUUGUUGCUUUUCUGAGGAGCUGGUACCAUGACAAGACACAGCAGCAGACAGGAGAUUGUCUUCCAGACAUCCUCACUUACUUGACCUCCAGAUGUGCAUAUGAGAAUUACAUACUUCCAGGAAACUCUGUUUUGCCUCUUGAUGCUAGUUUGUGGUAGAGUGCAAGCAUGAGUCUGCCUUAUGGUUAUGAGGGUUGCUUGGAUGGCAGAGAAUGAUUAUUAUUAGCUGUUAUCAAGCAAGCAAUGAGGAGCUAUUUGGGUAAUUAAUAUUAUUACAGUAUUAUUUGACUGCUUGCACCCAGGUCAAAUGCACAGGUAUUGGUGAACAGUCCUGCUAUAAAAUAAAGACCUAAAUUAACAGCACUUUAACUGUGAAGUAACUGAACCACAAACUAUUGCAGUCCACUGAUUACGACACAUCAUUGCAGUCUGCUCAUUCUGAUAAGUGGGACUAAAUUGUGACCCACUUUUCUAUCAGUAGUUUAUGUUAUAUUAUUUAUCAUGUAUAUGGUCUAGCACUUACCCAGCACUUUUUUUUUGUUUAUUGUGUAUA